UGCUCCUUUAAGAGAGUUGUGGGCUCGUUUCUCAUUGGCUGUUUUUUGGAAUUUGUUGAGAAUUAACAGGGAGCUACUUGAACGUUAGAAAGCAAAAGAAGUCGCCUGAAAAGAUGUCUGAUUCUGGAGUCAAUCCACACUUGGAGGGAAUUAUUUCUGAUUUUGAAGCUCUGAAGAGGUCCUUCGAGGUGGAGGAUGUCGACACUUCAUCUCACUCUUCCCCCGGCUCCCGUCGGACGACCAACUCCCCGCACCGUAACGCCAUGUCCCCCACCAGCAUCUACUACCGCGACUUGGGCACUGCCGCCCCGGCCACCAACAACAACAACCUCAACUAUACCCAGCCCCGCUCCAUCAUGGGCGGAGGAGGCUCCAAGACCCCCGAGCCUGUGUCACGCCGUUCCGAACUUUCCAUCGAUAUCUCUUCUUCCACCAAGCAUGUGGAUAAUGUCACCAGCCCCUCUUCUGUGCGCUUUGCAACCAACAGCUCCCUGAAACGCCCUGAAGUCCUGGGCCACUCCAAGACCCCCGAGAUGAGCCACAAGAGGGAGGUCACUUUUGCCAAGACGCCCACCGACUCCCCGGUGAUACGUCGCAAUGAGGGCAACAAUAACAACAACGGCACCAGCAGGACCCCUGAGCAGAACCACGCUCGCAAGUUUGAGCCUCCGAGUCCCGGAGAUGUCCGUAAACCGGAGAUCAGCAUCACCAGAGCUCCCCCGGAAAACAACGGGCACCACUCGGCAGUGCACCACCCACACCACCCCAACCCUCACCACAACACCAUCGUCACCACCUUCCGCUGCUCCUCGCCAAAUCAUGCUGGACGAAAAUCCCCCAACCCUGACAGGUCAGAGGUCAAUCUGAGCCACAGCAACAUGUCUGAGUCCGCCAAGCCCCACCACCCCAACCCACAAGGUAAGGGGGAGAAGCCCCAUGGCAGCGACUUCAGCUACGUGGGCAUUGAUGCCAUCCUGGAGCAGAUGAGGAGGAAGGCCAUGAAGCAGGGCUUCGAGCUCAACAUCAUGGUUGUGGGGCAAAGCGGCUUGGGGAAGUCUACUCUAAUGAACACCUUGUUCAAAUCCAAGGUGAGCCGUAAGUCAGUGCAGCCCAACCCGGAGGAGAGGAUCCCCAAGACCAUCGAGAUCAAGUCCAUCAGUCACGAUAUUGAGGAGAAAGGAGUGAGAAUGAAGCUGACAGUAAUUGACACUCCGGGCUUUGGGGAUCAGAUCAACAAUGAAAACUGCUGGCAGCCCAUUAUGAAGUUCAUCAAUGACCAGUAUGAAGCCUACCUGCAGGAGGAGAUUAACAUCAACAGGAAGAAGAGGAUCCCGGACUCCAGGGUGCACUGCUGCAUAUACUUCAUACCUCCCACAGGCCACUGUCUGAGGCCUCUGGAUGUCGAGUUCAUGAGGCGUCUCAGUAAGGUGGUCAACAUCGUCCCCGUCAUCGCCAAGGCCGACACACUCACCCUGGAGGAGAGGGACUACUUCAAACAGACGAUUAGGGAAGAGCUGCGAGCCAAUGGAAUCGAUGUUUACCCUCAGAAAGAGUUUGACGAGGAUGCAGAGGACAGGAUGAUCAAUGACAAAAUCAGGGAGAUGAUCCCUUUUGCUGUUGUGGGCAGUGACCAAGAGUACCAGGUGAACGGCAAGAGGAUCCUGGGAAGGAAAACAAAGUGGGGCACCAUCGAGGUGGAGAAUAUUGCACACUGUGAGUUUGCUUACCUGCGAGACCUCCUCAUCAGGACACACAUGCAGAACAUCAAGGACAUCACAGGCAGCAUCCACUAUGAGACAUAUCGUGUCCGGCGCCUAAAUGAAUCCAACGCCCAUUUCAGCUCACACCCAUCCGACCAUCCUGACCAUGUUCAGCCAAAGGCCAACGGUCAGCCUGAGGAGCAGCCCAGCACUCUGCAGGCCAACGGCGUGGCUGCACAGCACGAAGCCCUGUCCCACGAGAUGUAGAGGGUCCUGUGAGGAGCCAAAUCCUCAAUUUAAGAUACGAGGACACAGCCAGGCACAAAACAUACACUCACGCAUGUAUUCUGUUUACAUGAGCCCACAAACACACACCCAUGCUGUGAAGCCCAUUUUUGUUGCCUAGAAGGACUUUUUUGUUGUUUUUUUUGCCAAAAAACUACCUAACCACAGCUUUUAAUUUAUCAGGAAGUUACAAGACACAUGAUGCACAGUAAAUCUCCACAUUUUCCUACUGUGGGCUCUUUUUCCAUCAUUACAAUUCUGAGCAAAAUCAUGUCUUCCCUGCCGAUCACUUGAUACUGUACAGAACUCCUUGUUUUGCUGUUUUUUCCCAUCUGCCGGACUGCCCAGUGCAAUUAGGAUCGUUUACAAUAAACUUUGAAAGUUGUCAGAUAUAAACAAUAGUAAAUCCAUCCCUGUCUCAUUGCUGACUUUAGGUUUAUUAUUCAGAGCAUUCGCUGACCAUCAGGACGGCAGUGGGGUGCUGUAGCCAUGCAAGUAAGAUUUAAGUGAAUCAUCAGUGAAACAAAGUGCAUGAUUUUGAUCAGAAUCAAGUGUGACUGGGGAAAAAAAGCCUGCUGGGUACAGAAUACCAUUGCAGGAUCUUGGGUUGGCAGGAGAUUUAGCAAUGCAGGGCUGUCCAGAUGAGAACAAAUGGCAAAAUUCAAAAUGAAGUAGAGCACAUCAGAUGAUACUAGAUUAGCUUUAAACUAGGAGUAACUGUUAGUGCCACUGGCCUGGUCUGCGUUGUGUUGUGAUGUAUAGUUUUGUCCAGAUACCAGGGUUACGUAGGGAUAUUUAGAUUAGGUUUAUAGUAUUAUGGAGUAAAGAUAUUGUUGACACCUCCACACUGCAAAAUAAUAAACAAAAAAAAAAAAAGAGAAAGCAGUAGCAGUGUGGAGCAGCUUCCGGGAAAAUGAGCCCUCAUGUUAUUUUUCCGUUGUGUUAUGAUGCCAAACCACCCUCCCUCUCUCUCUCUCUCUCUCUCUCUCUCUCUCUCUCUCUCUCUCUCUCUCUCUCUCUCUCUCUCUCCCUCUCCCUCCCAUAUAAUGCCAAUGUUGUGUAAUACUGUCAUAACUUGCAUUUUACAUCGCUCAUUUAUUAUUGUAUUUUAUUGCUGUCGUUCAUGUUCUAAUAUUAUUGUGUAAGAUGGGAGCAAUCUGUGCAACUGUUGUCCCAUGAAGCCGUUUUGUCCUUUUUUUGUUUUGUUUUUCUGACUGUAAGCCAAAUAAAAGUCCAUUUUUCUGUUCUGAAGAGAAGCACAUACAGUA